CUAUGCUCUGGGCUCUGCUCUCAGGGGCAACACAGGCCCUGGGUUCAGUCCGAGAGCACUCUGGCUGCCGCUGCUACUCUGGGGGUGUCUGGCACCCACGACGAUCCCAGCCCUGGCUGCUUUUUCAGGAAUGGGGGAGGGCCGGGUGCCAUGAAGCCAGUGCGGGCUGUCCCACUUUGGUGGGUGCUACUGCUGGUGUCCAGGCUGGGGGCCACCAGGAAGGGAUCCCCAGAAGAGGCCUCCUUCUACUAUGGAACCUUCCCACUUGGCUUCUCGUGGGGUGCGGGCAGUUCUGCCUUCCAGACAGAGGGAGCCUGGGACCAGGAUGGGAAAGGGCCCAGCAUUUGGGAUGCCUUCACUCACAGUGGGAAGGGAAAGGUGCUUGGGGAUGAGACAGCAGAUGUGGCUUGUGAUGGUUACUACAAAGCGCAGGAGGACGUCGUUCUGCUGAGGGAGCUGCAUGUGAACCACUAUCGAUUCUCCCUGUCUUGGCCUCGGCUCCUGCCCACAGGCAACCGAGCUGACAAGGUGAACAAGAGGGGAAUCAAGUUUUACAGCGACUUCAUCGACGCCCUCCUCAAGAGCAACAUCACCCCCGUCGUGACCUUGCACCACUGGGAUCUCCCGCAGCUGCUCCAGGUCAAGUACGGCGGGUGGCAGAAUGUGAGCAUGGCCAACUACUUCCGUGAUUAUGCCGAUCUGUGCUUUGAGGCCUUUGGGGACCGGGUGAAGCACUGGAUCACUUUCAGUGACCCUCGGACGAUGGCAGAAAAAGGCUAUGAGACAGGCCACCACGCUCCCGGCUUGCAACUCCACGGCACGGGCCUGUACAAGGCGGCACACCAUAUCAUUAAGGCCCAUGCCCAAGCCUGGCAUUCCUACAACAGCACGUGGCGUGGCAAGCAGCAAGGUCUAGUGGGGAUCUCAUUAAACUGCGAUUGGGGGGAGCCCAUGGACAUCAGUAGCCCCAAGGACAUAGAAGCUGCCGAGAGAUACCUACAGUUCUGCCUGGGCUGGUUUGCCAACCCCAUCUAUGCCGGCGACUACCCCCAAGUCAUGAAGGACCGGAUCGGGAAAAAGAGUGCAGAGCAAGGCCUGGACAUGUCAAGGCUACCGGUGUUCUCGCUCCAGGAGAAGAGCUACAUCAAAGGCACAUCUGAUUUCUUGGGAUUAGGUCACUUUACCACUCGGUACAUCACAGAAAGGAACUACCCCUCCCGCCAGGGGCCCAGCUACCACAAUGACCGUGACUUAGUAGAGCUGGUUGACCUGAACUGGCCUGACUUGGGGUCGACGUGGCCACAGUCUGUGCCAUGGGGGUUUAGGAGGCUUCUCCACUUCGCUCAGACUCAAUACGGCAACCCUCCCAUCUAUGUGACAGAAAAUGGAGCAUCUCAAAAACUACACUGUACUCAAUUAUGUGACGAGUGGAGAAUUCAGUACCUUAAAGGCUACAUAAACGAAAUGCUAAAAGCUAUAAAAGAUGGUGUUAAUAUCAAAGGGUAUACUUCCUGGUCUUUGUUGGAUAAGUUUGAAUGGGAGAAAGGAUAUUCAGACAGAUACGGAUUCUACUAUGUCGAAUUUAACAACAGAAAUAAGCCACGCUAUCCAAAGGCGUCAGUUCAAUAUUACAAGAAGAUUAUCACCGCCAAUGGGUUUCCCAAUCGAAGAGAGGUGGAAAGUUGGUAUCUCAAAGCCUUGGAAACUUGUGCAAUCAACAAUCAGAUGCUUGCUGCAGAGCCGUUGCUAAGUCACAUGCAGAUGGUGACAGAGAUCGUGGUACCUACGGUCUGCGCGCUUUGCAUACUAAUCUCCGCGGUUCUCCUGAUGCUCCUCCUUCAGAGCCAGAGCUGAGACAGGGUUACCCAUUUUAUAGAUCCAUCUUUCGUAAAGAAUCCUCUGGACAUUCCUCCUUUUUCUGCCUUGAAGGUUUAUAUACAUUUCUGGUUUCAGGCUCUGUGAUAAUGGGGUUUUUUGG